GCCAACGGCGUGGGACAUCGCCACGACUCUGCACGCGAAGAAUUUUUGCCAUUACCUGUGUCGUUCGUACCUCAUUGCUUUCUGAGUCUUUCAUUGUCCCAUCAGGUGGAACGUGUCAAUCAUCGUAUCUGACCGGUAUCAGCGCUCGACAUCUAUCGGGGUCUCUCAGGGUCUCUGUGGCGCAUGGUGUGGUAUAAGAACCAGCAGAGUCUAUCCGAACUCACAACGCCCCUUCAAACAUUUCCCUUCACAUCAUGGCUUCCACGAGCAGCUCUAGCAACAGCGACAUUGAGCCUACCUCGUCCGUUGCGCCCACUCCUGCCACGACCGAGUCGUCCGCCGACCUCGCUCCCUUGAAGCUGGAUGUGAAGUUCGUCGACUCACGAUGGGAGGAAGAGUCGGAUUCGUGGAAGUACAACGACACCACCAACCCUGACGUACCAGCUGAACAGGUGCAGCCCGUGGGCAUUGAGACCACUGGCAACGACGACUGGGAAGACUUCUGCUUUGUGGUCGUACGCAAGUACUCGAGGUCGCAGGAGAAGUCGCAGCGAACAAUCUCCUUCGAGAUCGUCCUCAAAAGCCCGUAUCUUGUGCAGGCGUGCCAAGAUGUCAUCGGCGACGUACGCAGUAUCUCGUGGAACUCGGAACCGAUCAAGCUUGAUCCCAAGAUGCUCAUCACGUAUAUGCCACGCUUCGAGGAGCACGAGAGGAAGCUUAGCUCUCGUACGGACCGCACGGAGGAAGACGAUCGCGUGCUCAAGUCACUCGGGGUCCUUCUUGCGUACUUGCGCAAGAACUACAAACAGACACUCGCGCGCAUUGCAAGCCUCACCAAGAAUCACGAAAUCACGUUCGACCUCCUCUACGCUAUUCUCAUCCCCGGAACGAUCGUCAUCAGACGUUGUCCCGUCACGCGGGAGACCCGAGCGAUGAAGCUACUUCGUGCGGAGAAGUACGUCAACAACUGCGGACAAGAAUACUGGCGGCUGGAGUGCGAUGGGCUGGAGUGCGCGGCCGAUGAGGAUGACGAGGACGAGGACGACGUUGGGUGGAAUGACGAUGAGUCGAAGCGGUCGCGGAGGUUCGGCAUGUCUGAAACCACCUCUCAGAUCCGAUGGUUCCCUGGCGUGGAGAAGAUCAACAUUUUGAGCGUUUUCCCGAUUGAGUAUCACCCCGACCCAUCUGCGCUGAAGGCGGUACUGUUGGAACGUGCGCGCCGGUGGGUGUCCCUGUGUGGUGUGCACCACAUGCACUACAAGGGGACGGCUGGCCGGCAUGAGUGGGUCUCAGGCGACCUGAAGUUCAAGAGGUACGGAAUCCGGUCGAGGGUCAUGAUCGACAAGGCUGGCCUCUCUCGCGUCGACGCAGACUACGAGCUCCCUACACCCGACAGGCUUUUCCCCGAGCGUCCAAACGACAAUGGUGUGUAUGGCCUCACGGACGAUGAGCUGCUCCUGGCUUCUCCUAUCCUCUACGGCUUCAGCUUGACGGACAAGCUUUGGCUUGAGUUCAACGUCAACCUUGUCACCCCCAUUCUUUGGAACGACGAGGCUUUUGCGGGACUCGUGCUUCCCCCAGAGCGCAAGACACUUCUCCGCUCCCUCAUCGAGGCACACAGACGCCUCAACUCUGGCGGUGCUGGUGGUUUCGAUGAUUUCGUGCGCGGGAAGGGUCAAGGUCUCGUCAUCAACCUCUUCGGUCCACCGGGUGUCGGAAAGACGCUGUCUGCGGAGGCGACGAGCGAGCACCUCCGUCGACCACUUUACAUCGUCGGUAGCGGCGACCUUGGUACGACGGCGCACGAACUCGACCAGGCGUUGGACGAAGCGUUCGACCUUGCGGCCGCGUGGAACGCGGUAUUGCUCAUCGACGAAGCGGACGUCUUUCUCGAGCAACGCUCGCUGCAUGACAUGGAGCGUAACGCGAUGGUCGCCGUCUUCCUCCGGCACAUCGAGUACUAUCGAGGCAUCCUCUUCCUCACCACAAAUCGCAUCAAGACGUUUGACGAGGCUUUCCUCUCCCGCAUCCACGUCGCGCUCCACUUUAACGAGCUCACCGUGCCGACCAAAGUCCAGAUCUGGCGCGCGUUCUUGCGCAAGGCGGGCCUUGACCAGGCAGAGCUGUCGGAAGAACUGCUGACCAAGCUCGCGCAGCGCGACAUCAACGGGCGGCAGAUCAAGAACGCGUGCAGGACGGCAACGUCGCUCGCGAUCAGCCGUGGGGAGCAGAUGCGCUACGAGCAUCUCACGGAAGCGUUGAACGCAAUGGAGGAGUUCAUGACGGAGUUCGCGGCGAUCUCGCAGGCGAACGAUUGAGCAUUAGUGCACACAAAGCAGCUCCCGGACAAGUUGUAGCUGUACCGCAUUUGGAACAUCGUAUGACACACAUAUCUGUCAUGUCUACACACAUAUCAUAGACGUUGUAUAUACCCUCCAUGUUCGUCUUUGUUUGUAGCUCCAUCGGGCCGUAAUUUCACACGUUGAGCCCCUGUGCCUCAUCC